AUGGCAUCUAGGUGUAUUUCGGUGAUAUUUGUGUCGCUUAUUUGCUAUCAUUAUGUUUCUUCAAUUAACAACCAAACAGAGCAUCGUUUCGCCGAAAGUGUGUCAGUGUUGGACUCGAAUGGUGCAUUGUUGCUGAAAUGGAAAGUUGAUUAUCUAGAUCGAAAAGUUAGAUUUCAAUUAAUCAUAUCAGACAAAGCACCUGAAGCCAACUGGUUUGCGUUAGGAUUUUCUAACAGAGGCGAGUUAGAAAAUUCCGAUGUCUGCUUAGUGUGGACCGACUAUAAAGGGCGUGAUCAUUUCGAGGACAUGCACGCAGAUGCCGAAGGAAGGUUAACUCCUGAUGAACAACAAGACUGCGAAACUUUUUAUGUAGACAGCAAGAGCCGGAGUGUAUUAUUCGAGCGCUAUUUUGACACAUGCGACGAUAACGAUUAUGUAAUUGAGGAUGGAACCGUUCACGUGAUAUGGGCGCGAGGUGUUGACAAGCUGUUUUCUUCUAAAGGAUUAUGUUUAACUUGCACCGAAUCCCAGGAUCGUGGUUUUAUCCGCGUGCGAUUAUUAACUCCUACAAAUAUCUCAAAAUAUUCCGGCCAGCAAUUACGGAUCACUAACGACAAUUUGAAAGUCCCCAACAGUGAUACUACCUACUGGUGCAAGGUUGUUAAACUCCCUGAAUUCAUCAAUCAGAACGUUCAUCACAUUAUUAAGUUCGAAUCUGUUAUCACUAAAGGCAACGAAGGUUUAGUACAUCAUAUGGAGUUGUUCUAUUGCGACGCGGACCCUCAACAGGAUAUACCGUAUUAUAAUGGGAACUGUUUCGCCAACAAUCGACCUGAAAUCACAAAAUUGUGUUCGAAGGUAAGAGCAGCAUGGGCGAUGGGGGCACCUCCCUUUGCAUAUCCAGAAGAAGCGGGAUUACCUAUCGGCGGGCCCAACUCUAACAAAUAUGUAAUGCUCGAGGUUCAUUACAAUAAUCCAGAAUUAAAAAAUGAUUGGGUUGACAGUUCUGGUAUCAUAUUGCAUUUAACACCUAAUAGAAGGCGCUUUGAUGCUGCCAUCAUGGAAAUCGGCUUAGAAUACACGGAUAAGAUGGCUAUCCCCGGAGGUCAAGAAGCCUUCCCAUUAACCGGUUACUGCAUACCUCAAUGUACAGGAGUGGGUCUGCCGGAAAACGGUAUCGUUGUGUUCGGCAGUCAGCUGCACACGCAUUUGACUGGCAUUGCUGUAUGGACCCGCCACUCUCGACAAGGAGUCGAGUUGCCAGUGCUGAAUAAAGAUGUUCAUUAUUCUACACAUUUUCAAGAAAUCAGAAUUUUGCAUCGACCAGUGAAAAUUUUGCCGGGGGACUUUUUAGAAACGACCUGUAUCUACAACACAGUAGAUAAACAGAACGCCACCAUCGGCGGUCACGCCAUUACGGACGAGAUGUGCGUCAACUACAUGCAUUACUACCCAGCCACUGAGCUGGAGGUCUGUAAGAGCGCUGUGUCUAACCUCGCGUUGGAGAACUAUUUUAAAUUUGAACACAGAUGGGAUAACAUGCCAAUAUCUUACCUAUCGCCACCUCGAGCUAACUAUUUGUCUAUAAAACCUUGGACGCCGUUGCGAGCAAGUGCUUUAAACGCCCUCUAUACUGAAUCACCUAUAUCGAUGCAGUGUAACAAAUCGGAUGGUAAUCGAUUUCAGGGAGAUUGGGAAGGAUUACCAAUACCAAAAAUUACCCUACCAUUACCACAAGAACAGCGGAUUUGCCCGAAAAAUCAGAAACGAUCCAACAAAGUAAUGGCGUAUAAUGAUUAUUUCUACAGCAAUUAA